CUCGAGGUGGGGAGACUCCAUGGGGACCUCAUCCAGUCACCAUUUGUCUACAUGUUAGAUGGGGUUUGUCACUCAGAUAGUCACAAAGUCAGACCUGUUCACUUCUUCAAAUGGCUCAUCUCAGUUCUAAGGCAAAAGAGAGGGCUGGCUUGGCUUACUUUAAGAAAAGAAGACCCGAUGAAGAAGUCGAUGCUCUGUCAGGUAUAAGAAAGAAGUUUUGUGAAAUUAUAAGAAGUCUUCCUCAUGAAGAUCUCCUCAAGAUCACCGAGUACUAUAAGCCCUACUUGGCCUAUGUGAUUGAAUAUGACAUUAAAAGCAUCCUGCAGAACAUGGUCACCAAUCAAAUCCUCACAAACAAUGAAGCAAAGAGAUUUAAAGACAUAGAGGAGUCUGAAGGUAGAGUGGGAGUGGAGUCCUUCAUUAACAAUGUGAUGAAGAAGGAUGGUGUGGUGCUGGCCAGCCUGUGGCUGGCACUGGCAGAAGAAUUUGCCAGAUUUCCAGUGACAACCUUGAAUAUAAUAUUGGAGGAGGUGACGGAUGGGGGACAGGAUCUCUUAGAGAAGAUUAAGGCCAGUCAGCAACCAACUUAUAUUGAGGCUCAUUUUAAAGAGCUCCAAGAGCAACACAGAAUGUCUGUGUCUGAAUCUACAAGAAACCUAGAAGAACAGACCAGAGAUGUGGGCUUUGAAAGUCGAUACACAGAGCUGAUGGUCAUUAAUCAGUACAGAAGAACCUAUAGUGAAACUGGCCAUGAAAUUCUGGAAACUGGGAAGACUCAUGUAGAACUGAUGGAGCAAAGGACAAAGGAGAAAUGUGAGCGAAUCUGGACUGAGCAUCUUUUUAGAAGAAGUCCUCAAAGCAAAAGUCUUUCCAGUAUUGUAGUAGUUAGUGGAGUGGCUGGAAUUGGAAAGACCACCAUGGUCCAGAAAAUUAUGUAUGAUUGGGCCAGAGGCACACAAUACCAGAUGUUUUCUUUUGUGUUCCUGUUUAAAUUCAGGGAGCUCAACCUCCUUGACAAUGAACAGGAACCACAGAUGCCUCUGACCAGGCUGAUUGUGAGGUACUAUAAAUAUCUGAAUAAUCAAAAACUAAAAGAAAUCCUAAAGAGCCCAGAAUCACUCCUGUUUAUUUUUGAUGGGCUAGAUGAAUACAAACACAAAUUGGAUUUCACACAAAAGCAGCUUUGCUCGGGCCUUGAUGACUACUUUCCUGUCCAUAUUCUGAUCACCAGUUUGGUCAGCCAGACAUUACUGAAGGGUUGCUCGGUCCUUAUAACAAGUAGACCAACAGCCCUGGAGGCUCUGAACAUGGAAAGAGUUGAUCGAUUUGCAGAGAUCCUGGGCUUCUUCCAUGAACAAAGGCUGAUGUAUGUUAAGAAGUUCUUUGGUGACAGUGAAUGUGGCUCUGAGGUUUUUGAGUACAUCGAGGAGAAUGCCAUCCUCUACACCAUGUGCUUCAAUCCUUCCUACUGCCGGAUUAUCUGCUCUGUGCUGAAGAGCCACUUCAACAAACCUGAAGAAGAGCGAGGAGCAGCCCCCAGUACUGUAACUGAGCUCUUUGUGAUGUUUCUUCAGAACAUUCUCACCAAUCACAAGCGAGACGCUGAGGACCAGCAAGGAAUUUUGCUAAAACUGGGAAAGAUGGCCUAUUAUGGGAUAGUCAACAAUUGUCUUGUUUUUUAUGACAACUUUGAGAUGUCUACCUUUGGUCUCCAGCCACACCUGCCCUCACCGUUUCUCUCUGGGUUUCUCAAAGAAAUUUUGCAGAGAGAAAGCACUUUAGAGCAUACAACAUACACAUUCUUCCACCUCACCCUGCAGGAGUUCAUGGCCGCCUGUUACUUCUACCUCGAUCCAUCAGUGGAUAUUAAUGAUCUGCUUGUGAAGCUGAACUCUUGUAAAGAUGGAAGGUUUGAGAUUUUCACUCAGUUCAUGACAGGACUAGCCAGACCCUCUGUGUUUAAAAUACUAGGUGGCAUCCUGGGAGAAUUUGAAAGGAAGACAGCAAAGCAGAUGCUGGAGUGGGUUAAGCAGAAAACUGAACAGGCCCUAUGGAGAAAAAGUAAAAGGGAAUUUCUGCGAGUGUGUCAGUGGCUCUAUGAAAGUCAGAAUCGAAAAUUAAUCAGAGAUGCCAUUGGAAAGAAUUUAAAGAUGGACUUUAGUAAGAUUAGUUUAUCUCCUCUGGACUGCUCUGUUCUGGGUUCUGUUAUCAGCUUCUGUGAGGGACUUGAGGAAUUGAAGUUGUCGGACAUAAAUCGCAAGCCAGAAUGUAUCAAGAGACUGUCGCCAGGUCUUAGCUCCUGCAGAAAUGUCAUUCUCUCCGAUUGUCAUUUCACUUCCGAAUGCUGUGAUUACCUCUCAUUGGCUCUCGCUGCCGAACAUUCAUGUCUGAUGUAUUUGUGGCUGACAGGAAAUUACCUGGAUGAUUCAGGAGUUCGUCGAUUGUGCAAGGGGCUUAUGGACACAAACUGUAAACUGGAGAAAUUGGGACUGAGCUCAUGUGGACUCACCUCAGGAUGUUGUAAAGCUCUCUCCUCAGUCCUCUCUUGUAAAUACUCACACCUUACUGAGGUGUGGCUGAACACCAAUAAUGUGGGGGAUUCAGGAGUGCAAAUGCUGUGCGAGAGUCUGAGGAGCCCAAACUGCAAAUUAGAGAAACUGGGCCUGCGGUCAUGUUAUCUCACCUCUGGAUGUUGUGAGUCCCUCUCUUCUGCACUCUCUGUUGAUCAUUCACGUGUGAUUCAGCUGGAGCUCUCAGACAAUAACCUGGAGGAUUCAGGAGUGCGUCUUCUGUGUGAGGGGCUGAGGAGCCCAAAUUGUAAAUUACAGAAACUGAGUCUGCUGUCCUGUGGUCUCACUUCCGGAUGUUGCGCAGCUCUCUCCUCAGCCCUCUCCGUUAAACAUUCACUAAUGACUAGGCUGGAGCUAUCAGGUAAUAAACUGGAGGACUCAGGAGUACAUCUAUUGUGUGAAGGGCUUAGAGAAGAAAACUGCAAAUUAGAAAAACUAAAGCUACAACAGUGUGGUCUCACUUCUGGCUGCUGUAAGUUUCUUUCCGCUGUUCUCUCUGCUGAUCACUCCAAACUGAUUCAAUUGGAACUGGGAAUGAAUAAACUGCUGGAUUCAGGAGUCCGCCUGUUGUGUGAGAGACUGAAACAUCCAAACUGUAAAUUGGAGAGACUGGGGCUGCAGUCGUGUGGUCUGACCUCUGAAUGUUGUGAGGCUCUCUCCUUGGCUCUUUCUACUGAGCAUUCCCAUCAUCUCACAGAGCUGUGGCUGAGCAGCAACAAUCUGGAAGAUUCAGGGGUCCAUUGGCUCUGUGAGGGACUAAGACACCCAAACUGCAAACUGAAGAAACUGAAGAUGGAUAUGAGUAGGCUUGGUGUUAAAAUGAGGAGGAAGCUUCAGUGUUUAUUGAAGGAGCUGAAAGCAUCUGGGCGGCAGUUGGAAAUCAUUAAAUAGGAAUCAGCUGUUACAAAUGUAAGGCAAGUUUUAUGAUUAAACUGGCAUCUCAGUGACGGCUACUCUAGUCAGCUCAAUUCCACAAAGGAGCUUAAUAUUUGAACUCUCUCCCCUACUGUUUCUAUUGUAUCUUAAAAUUAUUGUUAGAGUUAAACACUGCCCUUUCUAAUUGUACUUCCAUUGCAGCGGUUCAGAGCCUGAUGAAAGAGUACAAGGAGAUAAGGCGCAAGGUGAAGAGAGAGGUGGUGAAGUCUAAAGAAAAGGCGUAUGAUGAGUUGU